GCACCAAAACGAAAAAAAUGAAAACCCAAAACACCAAAAUGCAAAUAAGGUGCAUGCAAUUGCAAACAUCAUCUCAAUUCAUCACCACUCUCAGAAAAACCUGCAAAUCCAUUACACAAAUCCAACAACUCCAUGCCCAAACCCUAACAAGAGGCCUCUUUUCUGUCCACCCAUCUCUCCUCCUCACUCAAAUUCUCCACUCCUUCACUUUCCCAAACCCCCAAGCAACCACCGCCGCCACCGGCGGCGGCGACUGUAUCAUCGCCUACACCGCCAAGAUUUUCAAUCUGAUUCCAGACCCUUCAGCUUUCAACUACAACUCCAUUAUCCGUGCGCACACCCUCCGCCGCUCCCCUCGCACCGCCGUGGUAUUUUUCAGCCGGAUGCGCCGGGAAUCGGUGUCGCCUGACUCCCACACGUUCCCUUUUGUUCUCAAGGCUUGUGGGCUGUUGGGGAACUCGAUUUCACUCGCGAAAAGCGUUCAUUCGGUUCUGCUCAAGUUCGGGUUUUCGGUUGAUGUUUUUGUGUGCAAUACGCUUGCCUGCACGUACUGCAGGGGCGGUGAAUUUGACGGCGCGUUAAAAGUGUUUGAGGGGAGUUUGUUCAGAGAUGUGGUGAGUUACAACGUUAUGAUUGAUGGGUUGGUCAAGGCUGGUGAGGUUGAUAGAGCUCUGAAGAUGUUCGACGAAAUGCCGCAGAGAGACGCCGUUUCUUGGGGCACCAUUUUGGCAGGGUGCGCGAAAUCCAACCGGUGCAUUGAGGCCGUUGAGUUGUUCGAUCGUAUGUUGGAUUCAAGGGUGGUGUUCGAUAAUGUGGCUCUGGUUUCAGCCCUCUCAGCCUGCGCUCAGCUCGGUGAGCUGGCAAAAGGUAAGAAAAUACACGACCACAUCACAAGAAACGAGAUCAAAUUGGACUCGUAUUUAGGCACUGCAUUGGUCGACUUAUAUUCAAAAUGUGGGUGCAUCGAGAUAGCCAAGGAUGUUUUCCGGUCAUGUCCUAAAAAAAACGUGUCUUUAUGGAACGCAAUGCUCGCGGGACUGGCCAUGCAUGGUGAUGGCAUAUCAUUGCUCCAAUACUUUUCAAGAAUGGUGGAAAACGGUGUCGAAUCCGAUGGAGUCACGAUUUUAGGUGUUCUGGUGGGCUGCAGCCACUCGGGACUAAUAAAUGAAGCCAAAAAGAUUUUUUCCGAGAUGGAGAGUGUUUAUAAAGUUCAACGAGAGCUGAAGCACUACGGCUGCAUGGCCGACCUUCUUGGUCGAGCGGGUUUAAUAAACGAAGCAAUGGAUAUGAUUAAGGACAUGCCGAUGGGAGGUGAUGUGUUCGUGUGGGGUGGAUUGCUCGGUGGGUGUAAAAUACACGGGAAUCUUGAAAUUGCUGAGGUGGCGGCUAAGCACGUGAUGGAGGUGAAACCGGAAGAUGGUGGGGUCUACUCUGUUUUGGCGCACAUGUACGCGAAUUCGAACCGGUGGGAAGAUUUAGUGAAGGUGAGGAGAUUGCGGGAUUGCAGAUGGGGGAUUAAGAAGAGCGCUGGUGUUAGUUUGAUUGAAUUGGGAGGUGUCGCGCACGAGUUUGUUUCGGGGGAUUGUUUGCAUGAUUGCACUUUCGAGAUAUACUCCGUUUUGAAUGGAUUAGAGCUGAACCAAUAUGAAGUGCCCUAAUUACAUUUCGUUUGAAACCGAAUAUCGGGUUUUUCUUUUUUACCUAGCGAAAAAUCGAAAUACAUCUCGUAAGGUGAUUAUGCCUUCGACUCGCAGGGUAGAGGCUUCGAUAACAAUAACACGCCGUACGUCUGAGAAACAGGGUCGAAAUGCGGUUACGUGUUGAAAUGCAGAAGCUAACAGAAAGUUGAAUGUAGUAACUAACCUGGUUCGGAGAGAAGUUCCAUUACUCGGUACAGAGAAUCGAACCGAGUGCAUGUCUGGUAUCGAUUUCGGCCUCGUUCACCGGUAAGUUCCAGUGCCUGUAUUUAUUUAUAUAUAUAAUGGAAUAAAUUCAAUUAUUUCGAUUCAAAAA